AUGAGCGAACUCGGUCUCGAAACUCGCCAGCCUCAACCGGAGACACCACAGACGACGACAUUUCUCGAUUUGCUCCAACUCCAGAUGGACGGCAACGAUCGAACCAGGAGAAGGAAGCGGACUCUUAAGGAACGGCUAGGAUUCAGACGAAUCGGAUGCUGUGGACCAACAUGGGGUCUCCGAUUAACCAAUAACACUCGCGCAAGAGACGAAGACGAACCAUUUGAAUCCGGGUUCGUGUCCGGGUCGGGUAAUGUAACGGGUACGUUAAAUCCGGGUAUGAACCUCGCGACGGCGUUAGCGGCGGAGAGACAUUACCGAAGAGACCUGACGGAGGAAACGGCAUCUGGGAGUUUGACGCCGUUAAGAGUAUCGUUGAUGAGAUUGCUGGAGGAAACGGCGGAUAGAGUCGUCGUGGAAGGGAGGGAAACGGAGAGGUUAACGGCGUCGACGGUUAGAGGUAAUGAUUCGGUGUGUUGCGUGUGCAUGGGAAGGAAGAAAGGCGCGGCGUUUAUCCCAUGUGGACACACUUUUUGCAGAGUUUGCUCUCGAGAGGUGUGGCUUAAUCGAGGCUCGUGUCCUCUCUGUAACCGUCCGAUUGUCGAGAUCCUUGACAUUUAUUGA